CUCUCCUUCUCUCUCUCUCUGGCAAUGCCUAUCUAGCUCCCUCUAGACACAUAUCUACUUUCUCUUUCACUCUAUCUCAGAUCUUCGUAUCCGUAAAUUGAUCAGUGAUCGUCGACGAUGUGCUCGAAGGUGAUGAGUAAUUCUCACGUUGUGGAAUGGCUGUGCUGAGGGGAAUAGAGUGAAGCCGGAGAUUAAUUUGAUCGAUGGGGAAGAAAGGAAGCAGCUGGUUCUCGACCGUUAAGAAGGUUUUUAAACAUUCUUCAAAGGACUCGCCGGACAAAAAGGAAAUAGCAGAGAAGUGGCAGCAACAGGAUGCUCCGGAGGUGGUGUCAUUUGAGCAUUUCCCGGCAGAAAGUUCUCCAGACAGAACCAACGACGAGAGCACUGCAUCGACUCCUGCAAACAAUGAAGAUAGGGACCAUGUCAUUGCCGUGGCAAUGGCAACUGCUGCUGCCGCAGACGCAGCAGUAGCGGCAGCCCAAGCGGCUGCUAAAGUUGUAAGAUUGGCCGGUUAUGGACGUCAAUACUACUCCGUGGAGGAAAGGGCUGCAACCCUCAUACAAUCAUUCUAUAGAGGCUACCUGGCUCGACGAGCUCUACGAGCGUUGAAGGGAUUGGUGAGGCUCCAAGCAUUGGUGAGAGGCCAUAACGUGCGGAAGCAAGCACAGAUGACAAUGCGAUGCAUGCAGGCAUUAGUUCGUGUUCAAGCAAGAGUUCAAGCUCGACGUCUUAAACUGAGCCAUGACAAGCACCAGAGUCAUAAACAUACAGACAGUGAUAUUGAGGAUGAAGAAGAAAGACUAAGAGCAUUGAUAGAGUUGGAAGAAGAGCACAAUCUGAGAAGUCCAGUGAAGAAACAUGAAAUGCAAACUGGGCAUCAGAGAAGUGAAAGCUAUUCCAAGGAAAAUGCCUCGAGGAAACAUGAUGCUGUGGUUAAAAGGGAGAGAGCUCUCGCUUAUGCUUAUAGCUACCAGCAGCAACAACAGCUUCUACAAUCUGUUCCCCAUGGUAGUGAGUUUGGGAUCCAAGCCAACCAGAGUGAAAAGGGCCAGUGGGGAUGGAAUUGGCUUGAGGGUUGGAUGUCAUCAAAACCCUACAAUGCCCGCCACUCAGCCCCACGAGACACCACUUAUAUGACACCAGGAACUACCACAACCGGAGAUAACAUUUCCGAGAAGACGGUAGAAAUGGACCCCAUUGCGUUUCCAACCUUGCGGAGUCGGUUCAAACAAGACGUGAGUAACUCUAACCCGUACUCAACUCGACAAAGCCAUCCAAGCCCGGACAAUGUACCUAGCUACAUGGCACCAACCAAGUCUGCCAAGGCCAAGGUACGAGGGCAGGGCUUGGUCAAGCAGCGAAGCCCUCCCCCUCCACAAUGGAACCCUUCAACCAAGAAAGGCUCGGUUAUAGGUUCCGGUUGUGAUUCGUCAAGUUCGGGUGGAGGACUCGCAAACUACUCAGUGCCAAGGAGCCCAAGCCCAAAGAGUAACGGGACACAAGGUCAGGCUAGAAAGUCGGUGGGCUUUAGCCCAGAUUCUCCCCGUGGCGAAGAUUGGGCGCUGCCUAUUGCCAUUCAUGGCUGGAGGCAUGAUUUCGGUUAGUGCUCCUUGAUCCAUAUGGUGUGGCUAAAUUAAUUUUCCUACAAGAAAAACGAAAGGUUUGUUUAUAUGUUUUAUUCAAACUUUGUUAAUGACUGCACUGAAGUUUGCAAUAAGUUAUGUAUCUUUCUGUGAAAAAUCACACAUAAUGGUGGCCAGUACUAGGCCAUUAUGUAUCAUAAUGAAUGAGAGUGAAAAUCAAGAGGA